AUGGGUCCCCUUCGCCAGGCGCUACUACUCGCCCUUUCUGCGCAUAAUGCGCUCGGGGAAAUCACUGUUUACCAUGCCCAGCGCCCCAUGACGACUGGAGUGGGCAGCGCUGGCCUCCCAACUCACACCGGCUUGCCAGCCUACGACCCCACGACCCUCAAUCCCCCGCCCAUCCCCAAUGACAUCAUGAAAACCAUCCCAGUAAACCUGUUGAACUCGGGCACGGCGGGGUUGUCCAUAAAGCAGAAGGGCUCGUUCAUGGGCUUCAGUGUCGAGAUGUCCGUCACGAAUCAAGUCUUGGGCAAGAACUCGACACACAUUCAAGUGCCCUUCCUCAACCUAAUGGCUAAUCUUCAGCAACGCGCCGGCUCUGUCAUGGUUCGAGUGGGAGGAAAUACACAAGAGAGCGCCAAGAUGGUAGACAGCCUCCCCGAUGGCCGCAUUCUCAUGAAAGACCUCGAAAACGUCACCGGAACGACACAAACCCCUCCACUCGACUACACGACCGAUUUGCUCUAUCUGAUGCGAAAUGUGUCAAGCUUUGUCAACGUCCACUGGUUCCUCGGUAUUCCUUGGCUCAAAACCAAGCCAUUCGACACCGCGAUUGUCACUGCUGCGGACCUCAUCAUCGGCGAUUACCUCCUUGGUCUGCAAGCGAGCAAUGAGCCGGACAUGUAUGUGAUUCAUGGACACCGACCUGAGACGUAUGGCCCAUUCGACUAUCUCGGCGAGUUAUCCGAUUUCCUGGGUCAGGUUACUUCCACCAACGCGGAUCCCACCGGUCGUGCAAUGAAAAACCUCAUCGGGCCAAAUAUCGCUACAUUCGCCUGGACGCUGGAGCAAGUUUGGGACACAGGCUUCGUCGACACCUACAACGCAAAUUUAGCUUACUUGGCUGCCGAAAAAUACCCAAAUCACAAUUGUAAUGCUCGUUUCGGUGAUAUUACCAAGGCAAUCAAUCCACAGAACGAGCUGGCGAACUACCUGGUGCACAGCCGCCACAAAGCCCUUCUCGCGGAGUAUCUCAACACGACUACGUAUUUGCAGACCAAAAACAAGCCGUUCUUGAUGUUCGAGACGAACACCGCUUCGUGUGGUGGAUUCUUGGGCAUUUCCGAUGCGUUUGUUUCCGCGUUGUGGGGAAUCGACUACGCGUUGCAGAUGGCCUAUUCAAACUUCUCUGGCGCUAUGUUCCAUUUGGGUGGUCAGAGUGUGUACUAUAACGCAAGUUUCUCAGCCUCAUAUAUUUCCUUGUCUGAUUCGCUUUUUAGCCCUUCACAGCUCCGCCGACAAACGAGAGCUCUUUCCAUCAAUGGACGAUUGGUCCUGUGCAUUUACUACUCCGCGCUCAUCAUGGCAGAGGCGAUGGGCCCGAGCAACAACUCGCAAGUUCUUGACCUGCCUAUCGAGGGCCUCUCAGAUUCCACACCCGUAUACGCCAUCUACGAGAACGGCGUCCCCAAACGGGUCGCCAUAGUCAACUACGUCAAUGACCCCAGCCAUGCCAACGACAUCAGUGUGGUCAUUUCGCUGGCUAACCAAGACGGUACCAAGACUACCCCCGCGAGUGUUAAAGUCAAGUACCUCGCCGCGGCGUCGGUCGUGCAAAAGGGCAAUAUUACCUGGGCGGGGCAGACGUUUGGCGGGAACUUUGAAAGCGAUGGGCGGCCAAUGGGUCAGGAAGAUAUCAAGACGGUGACUUGCGACGGAAAUGCGAAGACGUGCACGGUGGUGGUCCCCGCGCCCGGGUUUGCGCUGGUGUUUCUGUCGGACGACGCGAUGACGGAGGAUAAGGGGCUGCCGAGCACGACGUUUGCGACAACGGCCAAGACCAAAUUUAGGAACACGGUCACGGUCGACCCUGCUGUUCUGGCUACGUCGAAUGGGAACAAGUUCGCAGACCACGAGUUGGCGGGCACGAGUCGGCCGCCGAGCGCGGCGUCGAGGACUGCGGGGGUGUCGGUGGCCGUCGUGACUUUAUUGCUCGGCUGGGUCGUUGCUCUCACGUUGUAG